GAGCCAACGAAGAUAAAGGAUACUAGUAAACAACCAUGAACGGUGAACAAUCUGUCGUUGCACCGUUUGCCAGGGUGACCAAGCCAGACGAAGUCGUCCGGUUCGCGCAGGUCCUGUGUUCAGCAUUCUCCAACGACGCAUUGAACCGCUAUUUGUUCCUUGGCCGCGAGUCGAGGCCCGAUCAUCCCAAGCUCGCCGACGACGCCGACGAGAAACUCGAGUACUGGCUGCCGGGGACUCGGAAGCGUUUUGAAAAGGGCUCGGUCUUGGUCCAAAGUUCGAAUUGGGCUGCCGUUGCGCUAUGGAUUCCUCCCGGCAUAGAAAAGCCCGCGUUCCCGAAUACCACCGAACCGGACGGUGUCGACGAGUAUGCGACGAGCGUCGACCGAUUGAAGAAGAAGUACCUGGGCGACAGAUUGCAUUGGAGUCUCAAUCUGAUCGGGCGGGCGCCGGAUAGGCCAGACAAGGGCAAGUACCUAACAACCACUUGUAUGGCAUACAAACCGAAACCGAACCCGCAAUUCCUGCCCUUUACAGUAUUAACAAUGCGGUUUCCAAAGUGUGGUUUCUGACAUGUCCUCUUCUUCUGAUUCUUCUUGCUUCACAGGAGCGGUUCGCGCCUUGGUCAGCCCGUUCUUGGACAGGGCUCGCGAAGAAGGACUCCCAGUGUGGCUAGAGGCGACGAAUGAGCACGCCAGAGACGUUUAUGCCCAUCUGGGCUUUUCGGUCGUGGAAGAAUUCAGGAUAGGAAAGGGGGAUGUCAACUCUGAGGGAUGGCUUCAAGAGGAUGGUGAAGGGGUGCUGAUAUACGCCAUGAUUGCCGGAUUAUAGGAGGAAGACUCGGCAACGCAAUGACCUUGCACGGAUGGAGACAAUAGCCCGUGUGCAGCUGGGAUCUGACGGGUGGAAUGCGGGAUCAGUCCAGCGUUGUACUUACAUCAAGAAGGGGUCGUCAUCACAAGAGUGAGGCUAUUCUUGACUUUUUGUCACAAUCUUGG